AUGGGAAGAUUUUCGUUCAUGGCGCUCCUCUUUCUGCUGUGGUGCGCGAAACGAGUGUUGGCGUUGAGGGAGGGUGUCUCUCCUUCCAGCCUGCUGCUGGAUGAGAAAGGUGUUGAAAGCUGGGACUGGGACUUUGACACCGACGAUGAUCUUGCUGAAGACGAUUCAGGUGAAGGGAAGACGGAGCAAAGCAGAGGUCCAGAGUGCGAGAAGGAAGCCAACGAGACGCGCCGGCUGCUGCAAGAGUUGGGUUUCGUAGGUGAAUUGGACAGCAAAGACCAUUGCAGCUGGCCUGGCAUCACAUGCCGAGACAGCUGUAUGGUCAUCAGGCUUCACUGCGACCAGUGCGCCGGACGCCUGCCACAGCAUAUCGAUUUGCAAGACCUGCAGAAAGUCAUGUUGACCUCCCAGAACCUCAGUGGCAACAUCGAGGCCUUCCGGAACCUGCAGCAGCUGCAGGACGUGUACUUGGGUAACACCAAGGUGGAUGGAGACAUCGCAGUCUUCAGCUCAACACCUUUACUGCACCGUCUAUCCAUGGGCAACACCCACGUCGGAGGUCGCAUUGACGCCUUCCGCGCAACGCCUUUCCUGGCUCAUGUGAGUCUUCAGAAUACAGAGGUGUCAGGAGACAUCGACACCUUUGUCUCAACACCAAAGCUGAUCCAUUUGUCUUUGACACAAACCCGCGUCACGGGUCGCGUGGAGACAUUUCGAGCAACACCUGGCCUUGGACAUCUGCAUUUGGAAGGUACACAGGUCACAGGAGAUCUUCAGACGUUCGAUGCCACGCCGGGUCUCACUGAAUUGCACUUGGGCAGCACGGGUGUAAGAGGGAAGAUCGAAGUCUUGAAGUCCUGUGGAGCACUUCAAGUCUUACUCCUGCAAAGGACCAAGGUUUGGGGAAACUUGGGGCCUUUCGUUCAGGCCUUCAGCUUCCUGAACUUGCGCCGCUUGUCGUUAGGCUCCACGCAGGUGACGGGCGAUCUGAGCACAUUAGUGCAGUUGGAGAUCCUCGAAGAGGCGGAUUUGUCGAAGACGGAGGUCACUGGCGGCCUCACGGAGGCUUGGAGAGGCAAACUGAAACACCUUCACACCUUGAAGCUCUCCCACUCCGCCGUGCACUUCGCACCCAGGGAGGGGCAGCUGACGCAGCUGAAGGAGCACUGGGCCAGGGAGUACCAAGAGAAACAAAUUCUGCCCAAUUUGGUGAACCUGGAGCUCAGUGGCUGUCCCGUGAACAGCAGCAUGGAGGCUUUGCUGAUGCCCUUGGCAAUGUCCUCUCUCACUGUCAUCAAAGCUGCAAGCGCUGGCCUUUUCGGGGAAGUCCCUAAAUUGCAAGGCCGUGUGUGCACCCAUUAUGUCAGUGCUGACAAGGCUUGCUACUUGCAAGAGGUGCCUUUCAGAUUGCCUUUCUACCAUACUCUACGCAUUUUGGACUUCUCUGAAAACCUGGUGACCAUUGCGGAGCCGCCCUUUGCCGUUGGAUCCCGCGUGCUUCUGCGGGGCAUCCAUGGGCUCCGUCUCGGGCGAAACUUCUUAGCCGCAGCUGUGGGCUGGCAAGUGAUGCUGGACAUGAGGUGGUCAGAGUUGGAGAACCAAGAAGGGGCCUUGGAACUGCUGACGGAAGGUAUCAUGAAGUGCACGGAAAGCUUCGAUUUCCGAGACGACCAGGCAGGAUUUGCCUGUAGAGAACUGGUUGAAGGAACCUUGCAAGUGACGCCCUCCAAAUUCUUGCCUGAUCGGCUAUGUCGAUGUGUUCCCGGAUGGCAUGGAACAGGGGCAGCCUGCAUACGUUGCCCGCAGGGUACCUUCAGUGAGCAGAUGGGGCAAACCGCUUGCUCCACCUGUCCAGCCAAUAGCACAUCGCCUGUAGGCUCCACCAAGGAGUCAGAUUGUCAAUGCAGCUUCGGAAGUCUCCAAGCGAACGGCCGCUGUGGAUGUGAUGUUCACCAGGCAUUGCAGGGAAGUAGUUGUGUUCCGUGUGCUCGACUGCACUUGCAAUGCAAUGGCACUGGACAUCUCGCAUCUGAAGCCACACCCGAAGUGAACUACACCCGCCUCGAGGACCACUCCGAAGAGGCUCACCGAUGCCUUCCGCCUGAGGCCUUCCGGCGCUGCCCUGGCGCCGCCACCGUGGCGGUCCACUGUGGCUCCGGCUACGAUGGGACCCUUUGCGCCCGGUGCGCCGAAGGCUUUUGGGCCACCAAAGGCCGGUGCCAGCCCUGUGCAGCAGCCAGCUCAGCAUCAAUUUGGUCACUGGCUGGACUUGGAAUUGCAGCUGCAUUCGCCUUGGCAGCUUUCUUCGGCUAUCGUUGGAUAUAUGGAGUGCCGCAGCCGCCUGGGCAGUCCCCGCCCCCACCCAGCGCCAAGAGCCUGUUGCAGAAGCUCAUCAGCUUGCAGGGCCCUGUCUUGCUACAGACGGCGCAGCUCUGGGGUGUUCUAAGCCACCUGGGAACCCGCCUGGGAACCAGCCUGGGUGAAGGCCUUGUAGAAGUCCCGUACUUGGAAGCUUUGCAACUGACCACGACGGAGCUGCAGAAUUCUCUCAAUUUGCAAUGCACCUUCGAUCCUCAGACGGUCCGCACACUGGCUGCCCUCAGCUCUCCCUUGGCUCCACUGCUGUUGCUUCUUUGCUGCCCUGUGCUGGAGCUUUACCGCCCUGGCUUUGGCGUCAGCAUGGCAUUGAAAAUCCUAACAGUCCUCUUCAUUGGUGGUGCUUCGAGUACUGCAGAACUACUGAGCUGCCAAUAUGAGGAUGGAGAUGGCGAACGCCUGGAGCACUGGGCGUUUCGGAAAGCCUUUCCGGAGUUCCGCUGCUCGAAGCAAGACGGCCUAGCUUUUUGGGUUGAUGCAGUGGGCUACAGCUCUGCCGUGGCCUAUGGUGUCCUUGUGCCUCUCUUUUUGGCGAGCCUCAUGGUUCGACAGUACUUCGCUCUCCAGAAAGCGCGGCUUUUUAUCUCACAAGCCCAAGUGGAGCCUCAGCGCACUUCACUGCAGCUACAAAUGCUGAGGUUGCAGCAACUGCCGAAAGAAGAGCUUCCAAGCCGCCUAAUGGCCGCGGCAGCGGCUCAUUUGGCCGUGCAUUGCCGUGGAAAGAUUCACGUCCAGUUGCUGGACGGAAAGGUCACUUUGGCCUCGACAGAGGUCAACGAAGCGACGGAAGAGAUCAAGUUCAGCGCAGCGAAGCUGAUUGCUGAUGUGGAAACAUCCAAGGACUUGGACAUGCUGCGCAGCCGCAAGAUCACCGAGAUGCUGACGGAGCGGCUGGUCUUGCAAGCGAGUUCUGACCGAUUCCUGGUCGGUGCUCAGCCGCUCUUGUGCAAGUACACACUCUGCCAGGAUGUUUGGAUGGAAGUGGCUAUGAAGCUUUUUGCCGUGGGCCUGGUCUCUUGCGUCUCGAUGUCCGACGCUUGGAAGUGGGCCAUUGCCUUCAGCUUGGGCAUGGCCGUGCUGAUCGGGGUGGCCCAGCCCUACAUGCAACCGCAGAUCAGCCAACUGCAAAGCCUCAGUUGCUUUUGCUUGGCAUUGGCCUCCGCGGCUUUCGUUUAUGAUUGCGCUUGGUUGGCGCGGGCAUCCUUGCUGGCACCGAUAUUGCUGUUGCUGUGGCAGGUGCAACAUCCCGACUGCAUCGAGGCCUUGGCCAAACGCUUGUACCAGGAGCUGCAAUCCGAGCUGCCGACGCUGCAGCGGGGCGAAGCACACGAGCUACACGUGCAGUUGCUACAGCUUUGA